GUCAUAAAACCACGCACCCAUCGAGUAUGGCCGACACAACAGCACUAGCGGUCCUUGCUCCCCCCUCUGUCCAGCUGUCGAGGGGCCAGCGAACCUCAGACAGGCUGACAGAGAGAGAUGUAUAUCUAUCAAAUCGAUGACAAAUACCACUCAAACACCACACACAGCGAAAAACAGACACACUCGCCACGCUCGCCACAAUUUGCCACAUUAAGAGCGACCCUGGUCAACCAACCUCCUAGACCGCCACACCACACCGCACCCCGCCUCACAAAGAAAACGCCCCACACCCACUUGCACCACAAAGGCAGCCAAGCCAAGCCAAGCCCAGCCAGAGAGGGAGAAAAAUGGAGACAGUAGGUAGGCAGUAUGGUAUGUCGGUAGGUCCAUCAGCCAGUCGCAGAAAGCACCCACUCAUUCCUCCCUCUCCCUCUCUCCAUCAACACGUGAUGUGAUAGCUCGUGUGUCGGAUUGCCCACCAGCAGGGCAACGGAAUAGCGACUCACCACCAACGCAAAAACCGCCCCAUCCAUCCAUCCAUCCAUCCAUCCAUGGGCAUCAGCAACGCGCUGUCAGCUCUUCUUGCCGGGCUGGUCUUGCUUGAGGCUGCUGCCGCCCGCUGCUGCUGGUGGAGGUGGUGGUGGUCGGGGAGGGGGUGGGGGAGAUAGGGGCGGCUCCUCGGCCGCCAUGUGCUUCUUCUCCUGCUGCUGUUUGUGUUGCAGCUGCUGUGGGCUGCCAGCGUAGCCAUUGAGCCUUGGUGCGGGGGCAGGAGCGGGAGCGGGCUCUUUCUCCCUCUGCUUCUGAGGGGCGGCGGGGAGCACCUUGUCCGCCCUGUCCGAAUGCUGGUGCUGGUCGGCCGCAUUUAGAGUGGCAUUGUUGGGGAAGACGAUCUUGGUGUGCUGGCCGUCCGACUCGCUGGCAUCGAAAGCAUUGAGGGCCGUCACCCCACCCAACUCGUUGCGGAUGUCGGUCUCCCACUGGGUCGACUGCUGCUCCAGCUCUUGGAGGUUCCUCGUCAGCUCGUUCUCUCGCUGAGAGGCCUCCAGUGCUGCACACAACAACACACACACAGAGAGAGAGAGAGGGGGAGGGAGAGAGAGACGGGCAUUUCGACGUGGCUGGGGAGGCGGGGUGUGGGUGUUGGUGAAGGACCUUCGAGGGCUUGCAGCAGUAUCGCCUCGUUCUCAGCCUUGGUCUGCUCGAGGAGCUUGAGCGACAUCUCGAGCUCCUCCUCCUUCUGCCGCUUGGCCCCCUCGAGCUGCUCCAGCUGCUGCCGCAGACUCAGCUCCUUCAGGGCGCUCUCCUCCCGCAGAUCGGCGAUGCUCCGCAUGAGUGUCUCCUCGCUCUCCAUCUUGGAGGCCUCCAGCUCCUUCAAAGCCGACUGGAGGCUCACCUCACUCGUGGUGGACCGCUGGUCGAUGAACAGAUGCACCAAAGCAUACACAUGAUGUGUGUGGGCGAGGGUGGGAGAGGGAGGAAGGGAGGGAGGGAGGGGGUGCGUACCUCUUCAAAGGUGCGUAGGUACUCGAGGAGCUCGUCUUCCUUCUUCUGCUUCUCCACCUCCACGGACUGCAGCUGUGUCCGCAGACGGGCCUCCCUCUCGGCGGACGCCUACAUGCACACAUCGCACCAACACACCAUCACACAAUGACACACACGGCACUGCAUGGUGGUGUGGGUGGGUUGGUUGAAGGGGUACCUACCUGUUCCAGGUCCAUGAGGCUUCUGGUGAGCCGCUCCUCGUUCUCUUUCUUGGACGCCUCCAGGUUCUCAAGGGCCUUCCGCAGCUCAGCCUCACUCGCAGACCGCUGCACGCAAUGCCACACAACACACACACACACACACACACAGAGAGAGAGAGAGAGAUGUGGGGACGGGUGGAUGGACUGAUGGGUGUAUCCACACACGGACCUCUUCGUAUGAGGCAAGAAACGCCAAGAGCUCCUCCUCCUUCUGCUGCUUCUCCGCCUUCAAGCUCUGCAGCUGCUGCGUCAACUCCGCCUCCCUCUGCGCACUCAUAAUCUCGGCCUCUCUCAGAUUCUCCGUCAGCCGCAUCUCCGUCUCCCUCUUGCUGGUCUCCAGCUCCUGCAGUGCGAGCCUCAGGUUGGUCUCGCUCUCCGAGGCCUGCUCCCUGUACUGGUUGAGGAAGGACAAGAGCUCCUCCUCUUUCCGCUGCUUGUCGGCCUCCAUGGCUCUGAGCUGGGUCUUGAGGACGUCUUCGCGCUUGGAGCUGCUGGCUUCAAGCUGUCUUAGGGAGCUGCUGAGGCGCUCUUCGUUGCGGGACUUGGAUGACUCGAGGUCUUGGAGGGCUUUCUGCAGACUCUCUUCGCGCGCAGAGCUCGCCUGCAGACAGAGAGAGAGAGGGGACAGAAAGAGUGUGUGUGUGAGUGUGUGUGGGGGAAAGAGGGGGGUUUGCGAGGUAGGGUGAGUGGGUACCUCUUGGAAUGACUUGAGGUAUGUGGCGAAUUCCUCCUCCUUCUUCUGUUUCUCGUCCUCGAUGUUGGCCAGCUUCUUCCGCAGGUCGGCCUCCCUCUCUACAGACACCUGCACCCAUACACACCAAUCACACACGGACAUGUGAGGGCACCACAAACACACACACACACACACACACAACGACGAAUGCAUGGAGGCAGCCCCCACUAACCCACCCACAGGGAUCAAGCGCACCCUCUGGAUCUCCUGCAGCUGGCCAGUGAGCUUCCUCUCCCUCUCCGUCUUCUCCGUCUCCAGCGCCGACAGACUCUGCCGCAAGUCGGCCUCCUUGGCGGCACUCGUCUCCCGGAACUCCACAAGCUCCGCCUUGAGCGAUUCCUCCUGCUGCUGCUUGGCUGACUGGAGGGCGGUCAUCUGUGACUUGAGCUCCGCCUCGCGCAUGGUGUUGAUGCGCUGCACCUCCUUGAAGGUCUGCGUGGCCCGGAGGGACUGGGAGAUCUUCAUCCUGACACACACAGAGGGAGAGAGGGGGAGAGGGACAUAUGGGAGGGACACAUUGUUCUCUCUCUGUGUGGGGAGUGGGUGUGCUCGUGCUUACUCGUUGGCUUUCCUCGACGCCUCAAGAGCCUGUAUUGCCUGCUUGAGGCUCGACUCAACCACCGUCCCCCGCUCCUCGACCUCCUUCAGGCUCGUGUUGAGCUCAGCCUCGAUCCGCCGCUUGGCCUUCUCCAACGCCAGAUCGCCAGACGGCGCAACAGACGCAGCAGAGGAGAGAGAGGGGGAGGGAGAUGGAGGGGGCAGCCUGUAGGUCUGCUUGGCUGGCGUGCUGGGAGUGGUUGUGGCCGUCAUGAUCUUGGUCUCGAGCUCUUGUUUCCUGGCCUCAAUGCUCUGCAGCACCGCCUCCCGCUCAGGAAGCGACGGCCGCAUCUGUGGCUGGGGGAGGGGGGCCGCCUGAGGGACGAUAGACGGGGCGGCUGGGGGCGCCUUGGCAGCAGGUGCAGGUGUUGCUGGUGCUGUUGGUGGUUUCUCAGCAGCCACAGCAACAGUCGUCGCAUUCUGGGCCUCUUCGUCGAUGCCAGUGGUGUCCUGCAGCCGCCUGAAUAGCCCGAGAAGGGUCUCCCAGACGGGCCCGCCCUCGAUGGGCGAAGAGCCGUGAGAGGCGACGAUGCACGUGACCUCCCAGCUGCAGACGCGCUGCAGGAACACCUGGUUCCUCGCUCGGUAUCGGUUGAGCACCCCCUCAACUAGCAGACCAACACGCUCAUAGAUGCCUGCAGGCAGCACCACCACACACACACAGAGGUGGGUCGAUGAAUGGGUGGUUCUGGGGUGCUCACCGAUUGCUCGCGCAACGGUGCGUGUGGCGAGUUUGUCGAGGAAGGGCUGCUGUGAGAUGAAGUCCUCAUUGAUGGUGGCGCAGAAGUCCGUCACAAUGAGGGACUUGGACCGCUUGUGGAAGAACACCACCUCCCUGUAGGUCGACCCCCCAUCCAGCACGGCCUGCUCGAGCGUCCGCCGCCACGUGGAGGGCACCUCGUCGGAGAGGAUCUCGUUGAUGCGGUAGGUGUUGUCUUGGUCUGGAGGCCGCGCUGCAUACACCGGUGCGUCGGGGUAUCUGUCGGCGAAGGUCUUGACGUAGAUCUGGUGCUCGGGGGCGGUGUUGGCCACCACAAUGCCGGCAACCUUGCCGCCCAGGCUGUUGAGCAGCCGCAUGCACUCCCGCGUGGGCGCCACUGGGUUGAUCACCAACAGGUCACCGCUACCUGCACACACACAACACCACACCCACACAUGUGCAUCCAUCCAUUCACCCGCCCAUCCAUCCAUCAGCUGACCUUCCAGCCUGACAACGACCGAUCUCAGUCCAGCAUUGACCCCGGCCGCCAGCAGCGGCUGCUCGAGGAAGUAGAGGCCGUCGCCUAUUGAUCGUAGGAUGGUCUCCCGCUCGUAGAAGGGCGGCAGCGAGCUGCGGUAGUACCUGUUGAGGUUGGUGGGCUGCACGCGCUGAGUGGCCGCCUCGGCCAGGGUGGUGAACAUCUGGUUGGUGGGGUUCAGCAGGAACGUCUGCAGAUUGUCCGUCUGAUCUGCAAUCAUUGCAGACACAGACCGGCAGUCUCUCUCUCUCUCUCUGUGUGUGUGUGUGUGUGUGUGUGUGUCAACUCACUCAGCAGCUCCUUCGCACGAGUAGUGUUGACGUCGUUCUUGUCAAAAAACUCAUCGAUCUUGUCAAGCGUCGUCUUCGUGGCGCUGGCCAGCGCCUGGUUGAUCCCCUGCUCCUCGCCAAACUUCUUAGUCGACGUCAGCAUGUCCAUCACCGCCCCCGCCACCUCCCGCAGCUUCCCCCCAGCAGCCGUGUUCCGGGUUGCCUCAAUCGUCGCCAACGCGCCCGUCGAGAAGGCCAGCAACGGCAUAUCCCCGCCGCUCGCAAGCGCGAUGAGCAUGCCCGCCCCCGUGCCGAGGGCGGACACGGCGUAUAGCUUGGACCGCAUUUCUUCGGUGGUGUCGCGCGUGAAGACAGUGGGGUCGUCUGGGCUGAGGUACUCGGGGUCGAAGGCGAAGGCCUCGUCGUUCCUCCUCUCCAUUUGGAAGACCCGACGCAGUGGCUUGGCCCACGAGUUGAUUGGGGAGGGGGCGGGAGAGGGGGCUGGAGGAGGGGGAGAGGGAGAGGGAGGCUUGGCUGAUGCCUCUGCUGCUGCUGCUGCUGCUGCUGCUGCUGGCGAUGGUGGUUGUUGCUGCUGCGCAUUGGCUGCCGUCUUGUCACCACUACUUGACGGUGAUGGUGCUGGCUCGGAUGACGACCCGCCAGCCUCACUGCUGCCUUCCUCAGCUCCUUCAGAACCCUUGGCAGCCGAUGAAAGAAGCGGCAAAAGAGAGUGCCGAUGCCUCCUUGAAGCAGGAACAGAUCCUCGAUAGCCACGCCCACGCACAGGCAGCAAGAUCUCCAUUCGCCGGCCACCAAAGCCACCAAAGCGCGCCGAAUGGAUGAACAGCGCUUCUCGAAAAGGAACCAUUGACCCUUGCCAUGUCUGCCGCCUCUGGAGGCCGUGAAUAGCGAAAACCAAAGGAAGGAGUGAGGCAAACGCCAGAAGAGCCAUCACCAGCGCCAUGCUGACUUUGCCACAGCUUCACUGGGCUCGGUUCAGCAUGCAGGGAGGGGUGUGGAUGGGCGAGAGUGGACGAAACAUCCGCCACAGCUGCUCGAAUGCCUCGACAGAUGCCGUUUGCUUCGGUUGUCGGAACGCUGAGAUCUCGUUCUUGACGGGUCAGGUAGCCAGCUGCGAUCAACGCCGAGGUUCAAUCACGG